ACUCACUGUUCGAUCAUUACUGUCCCCGUCAGAUCAUCCUAUUCUCUGUUCUAACCACCAAACGAAAGAUUUCCCUUCAAACAAUGCCCAAGUACCUCAACUUCGUAGCCACCUGGAACUGGUGGUUCCGCUAUGUCUUCUCCCAUGCCGGCCUCAAGCCCACCACCACCGACCUCGGCGAUGGCACCGUCAUCCACUGCUGGGUCCCCAAGGCCCACACUUACUCCAAGCCCAAUCUCCUCCUCAUCCAUGGCCUCGGCGCCAACGCAAUGUGGCAUUGGGGCGAUUUCAUCUCCUCUCUCAUCCCUCAUUUCAACGUCUACGUCCCCGACCUAGUCUUCUUCGGGGACUCCUACACUACCCGCCCCGAACGCUCCGAGGCCUUCCAGGCACGCUGCGUAAUGGCCCUCAUGGAAGCCCAGGGGGUGGUGAAGACGAUGAGCAUCGCCGGUAUCAGCUACGGCGGGUUCGUGGCUUACAGCAUGGCGGCUCAGUUUAGGGAGAGGGUGGAGCGGGUGGUCCUUUGCUGCGCUGGGGUGUGCAUGGAGGAUAAGGACUUGGAGGAGGGUAUGUUCCUGGUGAGGAGCUUGGAUGAGGCCGUUAGCGUUUUGCUGCCGCGGAGUCCCGAGAAGAUGAGGGAGUUGAUGCGCCUCACGUUUGCUAAGCCCAAUUACAAGGCCGUGCCCUCUUGCUUUCUCAACGAUUUCAUCCAUAUGAUGUGUACAGAACACUUUCAAGAGAAGAAAGAAUUGGUUCAAGCAUUACACCAUGGUAGAAAGCUCUCUGAUCUUCCCAAGAUAACCCAGCCUACACUGAUAAUCUGGGGAGACCAAGACCGGGUAUUCCCACUGGAAUUGGCUCACAGAUUGAAGAGGCAUCUGGGUGAGAAAGCACAACUAGCAAUCCUAAAGAAUGCAGGGCAUGCAAUCAAUGGUGAGAAACCCAAAGAGAUGUGCAAGCACAUGAAAUCAUUCCUCGUUGACCCACUUCCUUCACGGAAGCAAUUUGUCAAAUCACAGCAAUGACCACAGGUCCACAAGGUGGACUGUAAUUGGUAUGAUGCAGAAAAAGAUAUAGAUAAGUGUGUAUCAAUGCAGAAAAGGAUGUAGAUGAAGCCGGCCCUAGCAAGCUGAUUUCACUACAUUUACUGAGGACAUGCAUGCAACCCCUGGCUUGAAAUUUCGUGUUGCAAAUCAUGAAAAAGACAGAGACAUUAUCAACUAAUAAAUGAUAUAUGCAGUCUA